UGGGAAAUGGGAAUGUGAAUCAAAAGACAGCAUUGAAUUGAGAUAAGACGAAGAAGCAAUAAUGGGUUCCAAAGCAAGCCGCACCAUCAAAAUCAUGCCUAUAGUUAGCAAACUCCACUGCUCGGUCUCCGAGGAAGUUCUGGUGGUCCGCCACCGCCCGCACGUCGUUAACGGCGGAGGUUUUGUGGUCACGGAUAGCGCCCAAAACCCUGUUUUCAGUGCUGAUGGCUGUGGAGUUCUUGGGAACAAGGAUGAGCUCAUUCUUAGAGAUAGUUAUGGAAGUCCUUUGCUUCUUAUACGACGAAAGGGAGGGAUAGUUGAAGUGCUAAGCAUGACAAGGAAAUGGAAGGGCUACACAACAGAAUUUGAAGGAUCUCAGAAGCUGGUUUUUACCUUAAAGGAGCCGAAUUCAUGUUUCUUGAAGAACAUUCCAGUAAAAAUUUCAAUUGAAUCAAGCCAUUACGGUGGUGAUCACCGGAGUUUCGCCGUCGCCGGCUACUUCCCCAAUAGGGUUUGCAGCAUCGUUGAUUCUCUCGGCAAUGCCAUUGCACAAGUUGGUGGGUGUAAAGAAAUAGAGAUGGAAAGCAAGGAUAUAUAUAAUGUGAUUGUAAAGCCAGGGAUUGAUCAGGCCUUUGUUAUUGGAGUGAUUGCAAUUCUAGACUACAUAUAUGGUGGAUCCACCAGAUGCUAAUUCUUCUAAGCCUGCCAAUCAAAACUAUUUAAUUAUUUGCGAAUUUAUUUAUACUACGUUACAUCUGCAUCUCAUGGGAUAAAACUAAUUCGAUCGAGUCUCGAUUGGAUUCUAUUCAAGACAGUUUUCCAA